AUGGAAAUUGCAGAGCUCAAUCUCAUCGGCGACUUCGAAGCCGGAAUCAAAUGCUUACAAAACCCCUCUCUCCUCUCCAAUCUUUCUUUACACAACAAACUCCCCCAGUACAGUUUCUGGACAUGUGGCGCCUUACUCAUCGCCGUUUUCGCCACUUUCACUAACCUAUUUAACAAAAUCAACCUCUUUAUACACCAGAUCCGUUUCAGAUUCUUAUCCUCCUUUCAAACCUCAUCCCCUCAGCAAAUUCAAUUCGACGAUGAUGAUUUCGAUUUUGACUUUUCCGAUGACGAUAUAGACGAUGAUACGCCGUCAUCUGUAGCAGAGUCCGAUGAUGAAGAUUAUGAUUCUGAGGACACCCGUGUGAAUGAAGUUUUCCGUGUUGAAGGUAGUGGUAGUAGUUAUUUUAACGAUAACGAAGGGCAAGAAGGUAAUUUCACUCUCCGGCGGCGUAACCGGUUCUCGUGGUCGGAUUUUUCAGCCGGAAAAAGUGUUGUACAGUUAUGGGAUAGUUUUGGUUUAGGGUUAGAUUUUGAAGACGAUGAUGAUGAAUCGGGAAUUGCGAUAUGGGAUUUGAAUCGGGAUGUGAAGUUGAGCUCCGGGAGACGGUGUCAGGUUCCGGCGUCAGUGGCGGAGAAGGUUGUUCUGACGGCGGAGAUGGAUGGGAGUCACGGUGGUGUCGGGUUUGGUACGUAUGAUUCUCGGAUGGGUGUUACGUGUCCGGCUGUUUGUGCCACGUGGCAGCCACGACGGAAGGUGGAGUGA